UUGACGCGUGGUCAAUUAUCAUGGACUUAAAAUGAAAAGGAGAGAUGGAGAUACUGUUAGAGUAAAAAACGAAUUUAACUUACCAAAUAAAAAUUGAAAGUGACCAGAUAAAUAUUUAGAUAGCGAAAUUUAGCUAUGCAGUUAGAGAUGCUACGAGGGAGGGAGGGAGUGCAAACUUUGGUGGAACCCAGAAUAUCCGACCAGCGUUUUCUCAGCAAAGCAAAGCAGCCAGCGUGAAGCGAAAACCAAUCCCCACAGCCCCCCAAGUUUUUGAACUUCUGAACGGUCGGCGGCGGAAGGAUGGGGAGGGCCGCCACCUCGGAAGGCGGCGGCGGCGGCGGCCAGCCGCCACUGGGGCUAGGCCCGGUGGAGGUGCAGGCGGCGGCGCCGUCGCUGCGGCGGUCGGAGGUGUUCCACGUCGUCAAGGAGCUCCUCGGCUUCGUCCUCUACAUGCACCACCAGAUCCCCUCGGUAUUGCAAAAUCUUGAAAAUGAAUUUGCAGGUUUAAAGGAGGAAAUGACAGAGAUGGCAUUGCCGUCUGCAGAACUGAAACCAUCUGAUCAGAGAAAGUACAACAGACGAAAAAGGCAGGUUAGACAGAGGAUCAAGAAGCAGGAGAAGUUAAUGAAUGGCCUCUCUAGCUUAUGUUCUGCUCUUCAGAAAGCACUUGAUGAAGUUCCUAGCAUUGAAGGAGUUCUCCUGAUCAUCGGUGGUAGCCUUGUCAGGCCUUUGUUUGUCUAUGACAUUACAAUUUCUCAUGGUAGAUUUGAUGCUGGAAGUGCCAAUGAGCAUGGUAUAAGCAAGUUAGCGCAGUCUGUUUCUCGAAAGGCCAUCCGUGCUCUUAUAUCAAGCGGUGCUGGGAGUUUAUCUUACACAGGCCCUACCAAGCUGUUUGUUCUGGUCAGAUGUCCAUUUACAUUGAACUUACCACUGGACUUCCUGCCGAAACGUGAUUUUCGUUACAGCAAAAAGGUUAUACCCCUCCAUAUGUGUAUAACAUGCAAUGCAGCAGGCGUUGAAAUGGAUAAUCAACAGAUAACAUCGAUUAUUGAUGCUUCAAGUUGCAGUUCAGAAUCUUCUAUUUCUGAUGUUAUCUGGUUUCAAUGUAAACACACGGUAAGAGGCUUACCUUGCAAGUCAUUGGAAGAGUGAUCUGCCCGAGCAUGUUGAAGCCGUCCAGAAAACAGUGGAUGAUGUAGCGAUAUAACUCCUGUUCUGACUUUGUAAAUGCAAACCCAAAAGGAUCGUAAUCUUGUAUGUUCUUUCAAUUUCUAAGAAAAUCCAUGUGCUAUGAAGUUUAGUUCGCGCCCAUUGCCUCACAAAGUAAGAAU